UGGGAAGAAGAGAAAGGGCUCAUUUCUUCGACUCCAGACGCAGCUCGAUAUGAAAGCGAAGCACAUCGCUAAAACCACGGUUACAAACGUGCCGUUUUGGAACAAGCCGCGGACUUCCCGAGGAGAAAAAGGAGCACCACGCCCCAUCUUUUCUUCCCCACUCACUUCCCAGCAGCCCUCGGCUCCAUCUCCACACAAGCGCAGCGCGGGACCGAGAUGGCGCCCCGCCUCUCCUCUCCUCUCCUCUCCUCUUCUCUUCCUUCAGCCCCGCUCGCGCUCUCCGUGCCGCUGGGUGGCGCUGCCCGGACUCCAGGCACCAGCCGGAGCGCUGAUAGCGGCGCACCGCGGCGCUGACAAGAUGGCGCGGGGCGGCAAGUCAGCCAUAGUGCUGUGCCUGGACGUAGGCAUCACGAUGAGCAGCAGUUCGGCUCCUGGGGAGGAGUCUCCACUGGAACAAGCCAAGAGGGUUAUGACCAAGUUUCUGCAGCGACAGGUUUUUGCUGAGAGUAAAGAUGAAGUUGCUGUAGUUCUGUUUGGCACAGAUGGUACAAAGAAUAACCUUGCCAGUAGGGAUCAAUACCAAAACAUCACUGUACAUAGAUCUCUAAUGCUGCCAGAUUUUGACUUGCUAGAAGACAUUCAAAAUACGAUUCAGCUAGGCUCUGAACAAGCAGACUUUCUGGAUGCAAUUAUUGUGUGUAUGGACUUGCUUCAGCAGGAAACAUUAGGAAAGAAAUUUGAGAAGAGACAUAUUGAACUGUUUACAGACCUUAGUAGUCCUGUCAGUGAGGAUCAGCUGGAAAUUAUCAUUGCUAACUUGAAGAAAACAGGAACUUCACUCCAAUUUUUUUUACCAUUUCCAGUGGAUGGUGCUGAUGGACAUGGAGAUGCAAGUGCCAACUCGCAGUUGCACCAAAACUCAUUCCCAAGAAAGAGGUUAACUGCGCAGCAAAAGGAAGGCAUUGAUGUGGUGAAGAAGUUGAUGCAUACUUUGGAUGAAGAAGGAGGGCUGGAAGAAAUUUACACUUUCAGAGAGAGCCUGGAACGUCUUGCAAUGUUUAAGAAAAUAGAAAGAAGACCUGCACCUUGGUCAUGCCAGUUAACUAUUGGUUCCAAUUUGUCUAUAAGGAUUGUGGCCUACAAAGCACUCACAGAAGAGAAGGUGAAAAAAAUUUGGACAGUUGUGGAUGCUAAAACCCUCAGAAAAGAAGAUGUGCAGAGAGAAACCGUUUACUGUUUAAAUGAUGAUGAUGAGACAGAGGUUCAGAAAGAUGAUACUAUUCAAGGGUUUCGCUAUGGGAGUGAUAUAAUUCCUUUUUCCAAAGAAGAUGAAGAGCAAAUGAAAUACAAAACCGAAGCAAAAUGUUUUUCUGUUCUGGGAUUCAGCAGAACAUCUCAGAUCCAGAGGCACUGUUACAUGGGCAACCAGGUUCUCAAGGUCUUUGCAGCAAAAGACGAUGAGAAUGCAGCAGUUGCUUUUUCUGCCCUUGUUCAAGCAUUGGAUGAGCUGAAUGUAGUAGCUAUAGUGCGUUAUGCUUACGAUAGAAGAUGUAACCCACAAAUUGGUGUAGCUUUUCCAUGCAUUAAGGAUGCGUAUGAGUGUCUCUUCUAUGUUCAACUACCGUACAUGGAAGAUGUAAGACAGUACAUGUUUUCAUCCUUGAAAAACAAUAAGAAAUGCUCUCCUACUGUGGAUCAGUUAUCUGCGAUUGACUCCAUGAUUGAUUCUAUGAAUUUGGUUUAUGAAGAUGAUGAUGGAGAAACUUUUGAGGACCUGUUUAAGCCGAGCAAAAUCCCAAACCCUCAUUUUCAAAGGUUAUAUCAGUGUUUGCAGCAUAAGGCUUUUCACCCCAAUGAGCCAUUGCCACCAAUUGAACAACACCUUUUGGAAAUGCUGGAGGUGCCCUGUGUGGUAAAAGAAAGGUGCAAGGCUCCACUUGAAAAAGUAAAGGCACUUUUCCCUCUAAAAGAUGCUGGCAAGAAAAAAGAAGAGAAGACUGCUCAAGAUAUCUUUAAAGAUGAUGAAGAUGGACCCAAUGCCAAGAGAAGAAAAACUGAAGAUGAGGAAGAUAGCUUUAGCAUCAUGAAACUUGCUGAAGGCAAUGUCACCUCUGUUGGCAGCAUUAACCCAGCAGAAGACUUCCGAAUUCUGGUGAGGCAGAAAAAUGCUGACUUCAAAGAUGUGAGUCAGCAGCUGAUAAACCGCAUUGAUCAGUUUCUGGAAAACAGAAGCUCACAGUACUACAUGAAAGGGAUCAAUUGUAUUAGAGUUUUCAGAGGGGAGGCUAUGAAGCUAUCCAAGGUGCAGUGCUUUAAUGAUUUUCUGCAGGCCUUGAAGUCAAAGGUGGAAGAUAAAGCCUUAACUGAUUUCUGGGAGAUUGUGGUACAAGACAGAAUUUCUUUGAUCACUAAAGAUGAAGCAGAGGGAAGUUCUGUGACUAGUGAAGAAGCUGAAAAGUUCUUGACUCCAAAAGAAAAGAAAAAUGAAACUCUGCCUGCCGCAGAUGAAGGUGGUGAUGUUGAUGAUUUGCUGGACAUGAUGUGAUCGAGUAAUGCGUGGUGAUUAUGCCUGCCAAGUUUUCGAAGAGAUCUCCCUGUGUAAGAUGGGAUAUAAAAGGGGAUGUUAGUGAGAAGGCAGUAAAUCGUCUUUAUUUUUGUGAAUGAGAGCAGAAGUCCUAGAGACAUUCCCAGCCGGUAUAAAUGUCAUCUGACUUCUCAAGAGCAGAACAGAAGAUUGAAAGUAUUUGUGAAGUAAUGAUAGCUUUAAGGAAUCUUUUUUUCUUUUGAUCUUAUCCCUGAAACUACAAAAUUAAUGAGAGCCCUUGGUGACUCCUGAAAUUCUUCUUACUUUGCAUGAAAAGAUAGAAAUAUCACAGUGAGGCUACCAGGUAAUGUAGAAUUUUUAAUGGAUGUAACUCCAUAACGCUAUGGAGUUAUAGAAGAAAAAAGAAUGUAUUUUCAUAGUUUUCCCUAUGUGAGAAAAAGUUUUCUGAGGUGAGAAAAAGGGAGGAGAAAAAAAAACACCAC